AGUAUAGAUUGCCGAAGCAAGCGCGGCACGGACUCAGUCCUCCAGUAAACUCCAUCGAGGACUUGUUGAUCCUGUGCGGAGUCUAUCUUAGGUCGAGUGGUAGCCGAUCCUGCCCGACCGAGCAAAGACGUUCUAGACGAGCUCAGGGUGCAAGAACGUAUUAGUGCCCGAAGAUUAGGAUAUCUCCAACAAUAUGAGGGUAUAUGCGGCAAUAACGCUAGUGCUCGUAGCAAACACGGCAUAUAUCGGUGUCGAGGCAUGGGGUGGCCUCUUCAACCGCUUUAGUCCUGAGAUGCUCUCUAACCUCGGCUACGGCGGUCACGGGAGCUACAUGAAUCGUCCUGGGCUACUACAGGAAGGAUAUGAUGGCAUAUAUGGAGAGGGAGCAGAACCUACGGAAGAACCUUGCUAUGAGAGGAAAUGCAUGUACAAUGAUCAUUGUUGUCCAGGUUCCAUUUGCAUGAAUUUCAAUGGAGUUACUGGAACAUGCGUCUCCGAUUUCGGCAUGACACAAGGUGAGCUCUGCAGGCGGGAUAGCGAUUGCGAAACCGGCUUAAUGUGCGCCGAGAUGUCUGGACGUGAAACAAAAUCGUGUCAACCGCCGACCACUUCAAAUAAAUUAUACAAUGAAGAAUGCGCCAUGUCAAGCGAGUGCGACAUCAGUCGUGGACUAUGCUGUCAACUACAAAGGCGACACCGACAAGCUCCUAGAAAGGUUUGCUCGUACUUCAAGGACCCUCUGGUCUGCAUCGGCCCGGUGGCGACGGAUCAGAUAAAGUCCGUGAUCCAGUACACCUCCGGUGAGAAACGGAUUACCGGACAGGGCAACCGUCUGUUUAAGCGGAUGCCGUUCGCCUAAAUACCCGCUCGUCGUACCUGGCAAUACGCGACGAAGGUGAAGUAUACAAUGUAAGAUAAACUACAAAAAAAUCAAAUCCUCCUUUAGUCGUUGUGAAGUCACCUAGGUUUAAGGUUUGUCGACUCGACAUUAUCUCGAUCUCCUUCCUAUAGUCCCAACUCUCCCCCACCAACGAUGCAUCGGGAAGUAUAAGGGUAGUGUAAGAAACUCAUGCGGCAAAAAUAAAAUUAAAUAUUAUUAUUAAUAAU